ACUAUGUCAUCCAACACAGACGUUUCUCUUUCUUCGUAUGAUGAAGAUCAGGGAUCAAAAUUUAUCCGAAAAGCUAAAGAGUCACCAUUUGUCCCCGUUGGAAUGGCAGGGUUUGCAGCAAUUGUUGCAUAUGGAUUAUACAGAUUGAAGAACAGAGGAGACACGAAAAUGUCCAUCCACCUGAUCCAUAUGCGGGUGGCAGCCCAAGGCUUUGUGGUGGGAGCAAUGACCAUUGGUAUGAUGUAUUCCAUGUAUCGGGAAUUCUGGGCAAAACCUAAGCCAUAG